CCCCGAGCCCGGAACGGGCAUCAGGACUUUGAUCAAACUCCCCCCUCUCCUCCACCGACUGCCAUGCUCAGAGCGACCGGCUAACGAAGGACCCUCCGCGGGCGCCUGCACAACACCGACGGCAAAAAAAAACUGCCGCCGGCAAUUCCGCCGAUAAUCUACAUUUUCUCUCGCCAUCUGAACCGACGGCGUAAAGGCGUCGCGGACAAUGAGAAAUUUGAACCGGCACCGCACUGGGCUGUCCUGCUUGUCGUUAUCCGAGCGACAGGGGAGACGGGAGGCCCUCAGAGACGUGCGCAGGCUUCGCUCGAUCGGCGGGUUCAUUCAGGCGGUUCGCUUUUCUUCAUGAAUCUUUUUAUUAUCGGCGGUAGAUGAUUACGCUGGAAACUGGUGGCAGUCGAUAAGAUUUAUGAGAUGGCCACUACUGAAAAUGCGGACACAGAAAACAAAGAAGCAAAGCCAGCCAGCAAUAAGAUGCAAUACCCAUUAAAAGUACUCUAUUGUGGAAUCUGUUCAUUGCCAACAGAGUAUUGUGAAUACAUGCCCCAAUAUACCAAGUGCAGACAAUGGCUGGAAAAGAAUUGCCCAGAGGAAUUUGCAAAACUCAGUAUAGAUCAAAGCCCCCAACAAGAUGCAGGAGGGGGGGAACCGCCAGCUGGAGAGGAAGAAGAAAAAAAGAAACAAAGACGAGGUGGCCGAGGCAUAAUUAAACAAAAAAAGAAGACAGCACCCCAAAAGGUUACAAUAGCUAAAAUUCCAAGAGCAAAAAAGAAAUAUGUAACUAGAGUAUGUGGCCUUGCAACUUUUGAGAUCGAACUAAAAGAAGCACAGAGAUUCUUUGCUCAAAAGUUUUCCUGUGGAGCAUCAGUUACAGGAGAAGAUGAAAUCACGAUUCAGGGUGAUGUUACAGAUGAUAUUCUGGAUGUUAUUCAAGAAAAAUGGCCAGAGGUGGAUGAUGAUUCUAUUGAAGAUCUUGGCGAAGUGAAGAAGUGACCUAGUAGACUGCACUUUUAUUGUUCAAUUCAACUGGCAAAAUAAAUUUAGCCAAACAAUAAAAAGGCUUUUUAUUACAGACAACACCUUGAGUCAACUUCCUCAAUGGAUUUGAGGCUAUUUUCUUGUACUUUGGUUGCCAAAGCUCCUGUGAAAUUUCUGGAUUAUGUUUUAAGAAAAACCUUCUGUGCACUAAAGAAAUCCCUAGUUUAAUAAAAUACCUGUUUUGAUUGCUUGUG